AUGGGUCUCGUUCAAUCAAAAACACAACAAGAACCUAUUAUUUUCUAUAACCCCAAUGUGCCACUUCAAUUUUCUCAAAGUUUGGUAGGAUCAUUAGAGAAAAAAGUGGAACAAUCAACCGAAAAGCAGCAGGAACGUCAUAUAGAACAUAUUGUUCAGCAACGUGUUGCAGAAGAAUUAGAAAAAAUAAAACAAAAAGAAGCUGAAUUAAAAAAAGAAUUCCAUGUUGAAUUAAAAGAACAAAAUGCCGAAAAAGAUGAUUUAAAUGCAUUGGAUAUGAAUGAGGACAUUGAAGCAAUGAUUAAACGAAUUGCUCGAUCUGGAAUAAAAGAGCUUCCCGCAAAAGUGAAGCAAUGUCAAGAUGAAGUGAUUGCUUGUUACAAUAAAAAUAAGUCAAGGUCACUUGAUUGUUGGAAAGAAGUCGAUAACUUUAAACAAGCAGUUGCUGAAGAGCAAAAGAAAUUCGUUGCUGCUCAUCAAAAAUAA